UCUAAGAUCAAACGGUUAGUGGCUCACUUGAUCUAAAUUGAGCGGGAGGAAGCAUCCAUCUUAAGGGAAGUCAUGAAACGUUUCCCCAACACUACACCAUCCUCUCUCUCUCUCUGCUUUUUUUUAUAUAUAAGAGGAAACACUACCACAGGACCAACCUCCUCUCUCCCUCUCGCUCUCCAAGCAGCCACUAUUUUUUGAAAAAUCAGCAAACAUCACCCCUCUCUCUCUCACCAAACCCUUCCACUAUGCUCACAUCUCUCCAUGGGCUUCUUGAAAUAUCUAAAGCAACUAAAAGCCAACAUAUCUCUUUCCUAGCCUAUCUCCUCCAAAAAUUCGCCAACUCAAAUUCCAUCAGACAGGGCCAGCCACUGCACGCUCUAAUUCUCACCACAAUCCCCGAAACACCGCCAUUCCUAAACAACAAUCUCCUCAGCAUGUAUGCCAGAUGCGGCCAUUUAGAAGAUGCCCAAAAGGUGUUUGAUACGAUGUCUGAGAGGACCAUUGUAAGUUGGAAUUCCCUCAUCGCUGCCUAUUCUCACUCCUCCAACCACCAUCACGCCUCUUUUGCACUCUUUCUCUCUCUAAAAAUGGCGACCCAUGAUGGCCUCAAACCCAAUAAUUCUACCUUUGCAAGCCUUCUUCUUGCUUCUUCUUUUUUAGAUGAAAGUUCCCAUGGAGAAACCAUUCAUUCGCAGUGCAUAAAAUCUGGUUUUUCAGAUGAUCUCCGUGUCCAAACCUCUCUCAUUGGCUUCUAUUCCAAAUUUGGGAACUUGGGUUCAGCAAACCAAGUCUUCAAUGGCAUAUGCAACCCCGAUACCAUCUCAUGGAACUCCAUUAUCAUAGGACACUUGCAAAAUGAGAGCACAAAACAAGGUCUACAUCUUUUUUGCAACAUGGUGAGGACUGGAACAAAGCCAAAUUGCUUCACUUUUGCAAUGGCUUUGAAUACCUGUAGUAAAAGGAUGGAUGGACUUGGAGGGAAAAGCAUCCAUGCCCAGAUAAUUAGAACCGACUGCUUUGUGGAUGUAUCACUGCAAAAUGCUUUGAUUGAUAUGUACUGCAAUUGUGGAGAGAGAACAAAAGCUUUCGCCAUUUUUAGUGAGAUUGUUGAUCCAGACCUGGUUUCAUGGAAUUCAAUGAUAGCAGGAUUUGCCGAAGAUGGGAAGAGAGAGAGAGCUAUGGAUUUGUUCACAGAGCUCCGCAAGGGUGAGAGGCCAGAUGAGUACAGUUUUGCUGCCAUUGUUUCAACAAUUGGGGCCUUACCAGCACAGUGCUAUGGUAAGCCCCUCCACGCUCAAAUCUUAAAAGGAGGAUAUGAGUCCAGUAUUUUCACAGGAAGUACCCUUAUAGACAUGUAUUUCAAGAAUCGAGAGGCUGAUUCAGCCAAUAAGAUAUUUGAUGGUAUGGGAGAGAGGGAUGCAAUUGUUUGGACCGAGAUGAUCACAGGCCAUGCAUUGAUAGGCCAUGGAGACAUGGCCAUCAAGUAUUUCUGUAAUAUGGAGAGACAAGGGCAUAAACCGGAUCAAUUUGCUUUAAGCAGUGUAUUAAGCUCUUGUGCCGAUCUAGCAUCUCUGCAAAAAGGUGAAAUAAUCCAUUCUAAGGUGAUAAAGUUGGGCUAUGACAAUGAUAAUAUCAUUUGCGGAAGCCUGAUCGAUAUGUACUCAAAGAGUGGCAACCUGAUUGGGGCUAUUAUGGCUUUCUCAGGAGUUGCAGAGCCUGAUUUAGAGUGUUGGAAUGCCAUGCUUGGAGGGUACAGCCAUCAUGGAAAUGCAGAGGAGGCUUUUGAGAUAUUCAAUAGAAUGGUGAAGAGAGGGAUAGAACCUGAUCAAGUUACAUUCGUUUUACUGCUGUCCUCUUGUAGUCAUCGCCACCUGGUAGAGAGAGGAAAGCUUCUAUGGGAUAGAAUGGUCGUGGACUAUGGUAUUUUGCCAGGCAUAAAGCACUAUACUAGCAUGGUGGGCUUGUUUAGUAGGGCUGGGCUCUUGAAAGAAGCAGAAAUUUUGAUCUUGGGUUCGCCUUUUGGCACUGAUUUUCUGGAGUUAUGGAGAAUUUUGCUAAGUUCUUGUAUUGAUUCUGGUGAUCUGGUGAUGGGGCUUAAAUUAGCUGAGAGAGUUUUGAGCUUCGAGCCAGAGGACACUGCAACUUUUGUGCUGCUUUCAAAUGUCUACGCAGUGGCAGAGAGAUGGGAAGAUGUUGCAAAGGUGAGAAGAAAGAUUAAGGCUUUGGGGUUGGAGAAGGAUCCUGGCCUUAGCUGGAUUGAACUCAAGAAUAGGUUCCAUGUCUUUUCUGCAGGGGAUGAAUCCCACCCUCUAAUCAACAAUGUUCUAGAAGAGUUGAAGAGGCUCGAGAAAAACAUGAAAGAAUCUGAAAAACAAACACAGGUUUUGCCAAUGAAGAGGUCAUGUGAUUUGUGAGAUUUAAGAAG